AUCUACGUGCGUAUCUAGACGUUUCGAAACGUUUACUUUGAGUUUCAUUUUGGAAGGCGACUGACCGCAUGGUGAACAAAGUUUAUAUUUAUUAUAUCACAUUCGACAAAAUCUAUUUCUUGACUCUAACUUAUUGCAGCAAAAAAAAAUACAUUUCUAUUUUCAUAGAACUUAUUUUGUAAAUUCGCAUCCAAGAAUCUCGUAAAUAGUUGAUCAUUUUUAAAAAAUCCAAUAAAAGAAAGGUUAAGUAAAAUAAAAAAAACACGUGCAAUCAUCAUUGUCAAUAUACUGCUCUGCUCUUGCUUCGAUCACCGCUGCUUACACUGAUUCAGAGGAUGAGAUUGAUGAAUGUAUAGACGAUGGUUAUCAUGAUCAUCAAGAAAGCUCUAUUAUCUCACAGGUUAUCAUUCCACAAAAUGUUCAAAUGAAUAAGCCGUCAACGCCUGAACAAUUGAACGAUAUCAAAGACAAUUUAGGUUUGGAUGAUGAAACCGAUGAAGACGACGUAAUCAUUCCCCCUGCACCUUCAGGUCAAUACCCUCCUAAUUUACAGGAAAAAUUUAAUCAUUAUUUUAAGCUUGCAGAAUCCAGCAAUUUAGACAUGAAUGAAGAAAUUCAAAAACGUAAAUCAUUUAGAAAUCCAUCGCUUUACAAUAAACUCAUCCAGCAUUGCAGUAUUGAUGAAUUAGGCACCAAUUAUUCACCAAGUUUAUAUGAUCCACUCAAAUGGGGUAAAGAAUCUUAUUAUGAUCAACUUGAUAUUGCUCAGCAAGAUUUUAUGACACAAAUAGAAAAGUCAAAAACAAAAAAAGCAAAUGUUGAAAUUAUUUCUGGUGCAGCUAAACGUCCAUCUCCAACAAAUAUUUCAGUUACUUGUACUAAAACUAAACUCCCAGCUCCAACAAAUUUGUCAAUUGCUAAUAAUUUCACUUCAAAAAAAAGAAAAUGGAAGUUUAAUGCUACAAAUGUAAAUUAUAGUAGACCAAGACUAUUACGUCUUUGUUAAUAUUUUUGUCUGUGCUUAUGUAAAAAUUAUGUAUAUUUGUAAAUAUA